AUGAAUUCCAAAUAUGAAAAUAUGAAAAUCAUUUACAAUCGAAGUAAGUUCGGUUGGUAUUGGGCGCCAGUAUUUGUAGCUUUCUGGUUUCUACUUUUUUAUUUGGCUGUCAUACCGAGCUUCCAUUACUUCCCCGACACGAUAACCAUCGACGAAGAAGCCAAUAAUCCCGGGCGUUUCAUUGGCGAAAGAGCUGAGAAUACGUUAUUGAGACUUACCAAGAUUGGACCCAAAGUUGUGGGUAGUCCCGCCAAUGAACAAGUGACCGUGCAUUUUUUGCUUAGCGAAAUAUCAAGUAUUAAAAAUGAUGCUCGCCUCGAUCUCUACGAUAUUGAAGAAGACGUCCAGGUUGCUUCGGGGAAUUACGUGCUAUGGGAAAUGGUUAACUGCUAUCAGUCGAUACAGAAUGUGGUAGUUCGGGUAUCGCGUAAAAAUUCCAAUAGUACAGCCGCCUUACUAAUAAACAGUCACUACGAUUCCGUUCCGGGUAGUUCAGGAGCCGGCGAUGCCGGCAUGAUGAUUGUUGUAAUGCUUGAAACUAUGAGGAUUAUUACAAAAUUCGACACGCCCUUGGAUCACGCUAUUGUAUUUCUUUUCAACGGAGCUGAAGAAAAUCCCUUACAGGGUUCACAUGCCUUUAUAACACAGCAUCCAUGGGCGAAAAAUGUGAGGGCUGUUAUGAAUUUAGAUUCGGCUGGAUCCGGAGGCCGUGAAAUUUUAUUUCAAUCAGGACCUGACCAUCCUUGGCUCAUGAAGUAUUAUGGCGCAAACAUUGUCCAUCCUUAUGCCUCAACAAUUGCUGAAGAAUUGUUUCAAAAUGGAUUUGUACCUUCCGAGACCGAUUACCGCAUUUUCCGAGAUUUUGGGAAGAUUCCCGGUUUGGAUAUGGCUCAUUCAUACAAUGGAUUUAUCUAUCACACCAAAUAUGACCGAUUCAAUGCAAUUCCCAGAAGAACGUACCAAUUAACGGGAAACAACAUAUUAAGCUUGGCAAAGGCAUUAGCAAAUGCCCCAGAGCUCGAAGAUCCAGAGAAAUAUGCCGAGGGCCAUACAGUAUUCUACGAUGUCCUCGGAUGGUUCAUUGUUUACUAUUCCGAAGAGACGGGCAUGGCUGUCAACAUUAUCAUUUGUGUAAUCUUCAUACUGGCAUUGCUGGGCUACAUUUGGAAUAUGGCCCACCAAACUGGGAUGUUCCGCCGUCGAAUUUUCAGCAAAUUUGGAAUCUUAUUCGGCAUCCAAUUGGCCGCCGUUAUCCUGGCAAUGUGUGUAACAUUGUUGAUUUCCGUCUUCAUGGACGCUGUUAAUCUCUCAAUGGCAUGGUUCUCGCAGCCUUGGAUGAUUUUCGGCUUGUAUUUUUGCCCCAUGUUCUUUAUUAUGGGUAUCUUGCCGGCCAUUUACUUCAGUCGGACCAAGGAGCAUGGCCUCCCAUUGGCCUACGCCAUACAGCUACUAAUGCACGCCCAUUGCUUAAUAUUGACCAUAAUCACCAUAGUAAUGAUUGCCUUUGGCAUAAGGUCCGCCUUUGUCAUUAUGCUGAGCAUUGCGUUCUACACGCUGUCGGUCAUACUAAACGUUGUCACCUGUUUCCACAAGAAGAAUUUCCACUGGUUGAUUCCUCAUACCGUUUGCCAAAUCCUGCCGUACCUGUUCUACACAUACAUCUGCUACGCCUUCUACGUAACGUUCAUACCAAUGCAGGGCCGUGAUGGAGCCAACAGUAAUCCGGAAAUUCUAAUUGGCGGAUUUACGGCAUUGAUGUGCCUGUUGUUUGCAGCGUUCUUGGUUCCUCUACUCUGCUUAUUCCGCAAGGCAAAGACCAUCAUAUCAUUGUUCGGAGUACUUUGUGUCGUAUUCAUAAUAUUGGCGGCCACCCCCGCUGCUUUCCCCUAUGUCGAAAAAGAUGCUCCUCAGAGAUUCUAUGCUGUGCACACUACCCGGACCUUCCACAACGGCGAUGCUGCAAUGAGUGUUAGACGCGAGGAUUCUGGUUUUUAUGUUGUACCGGUGGACCGCCACCCCCACUCCAUUGACUUCAUGUUUGAAAAUUCAAAUCUUACCAAGGCAAGUCGAAAGGAAGAUUGUGCAAAAGAAAUACAAUGCGGUUUCCCAAUCUACAGCACCCGAUGGCUGGGAUGGAGAAAUCAAAGUUUCUGGGUUCCGGCUUCUCAGCCCAAUCGCAGUGGAUGGCCUACUAUGCGAAUCGCUUCGAAACAGAGUACAGCUCCUGAUACGGUGGUGUUCAAUUUGGAGUUUGCUGGUCCAAAUCACAUCAGUAUAUUUAUUCAACCCCAGCAGAAUGUGUCACUGGUGGAUUGGUCCUUCACCAGAAUACCGUUAGAAAAUAAUUUCCAACCUCCAUUUUUUGUGUAUUUCUCUUAUGCUCUGGAUCCAUCCCCACUUAAAUGUAGUUUAACCUUUAAGCACCAACACCCUCAUUGGUCUGGCUUGACAUUCGACAUUGCUGUAAUUGGCCAUAAAGUAACGGACAAUAUCAACGUUUCCGACGAAUUCAGAGAGUUUUUAGCCAGCUUUCCUCAUUGGGCUCACGUCAGUUCAUGGACCAGUUCGUAUGAAUCCUGGAGUUUGUGAUUGCC